CGAGCAAGUCGCUCUCCUCAGUGCUGAAAUCGCUGCUGGUCGUGAUCAUGUAAACGGCGAUGAGGCCAAACGGAACGUCGGCAAAUGCACACCAAAAUGGACGAUGAUCUGUUUCAGCUGAGACCGUUGCCUGUCGUCCGCUUCCGUCACACGGGCGAGAGCACACGCUCGGAGGAUGAGGGCGACAAUUGGGAGCCAGUUGCAGAGGUUCGUGGUGCAGAGCAGACAGCAGAGCUGGAGUCUGUGGCGCUUACAGACGGAGCUCCUGUCCCUCGGGAGUUUGCCAACCCAACUGACGACACAUUCAUGGUGGAGGAUGCUGUGGAGGCCAUCGGCUUUGGGACCUUCCAGUGGAAACUCUCCAUCCUCACUGGCCUGUCCUGGAUGGCAGAUGCAAUGGAGAUGAUGAUCCUAAGCAUCUUAGCCCCACAGCUGCAUUGCGAGUGGAGACUACCAAGCAUGGAGGUGGCACUGCUUACAUCGGCGGUGUUCAUUGGAAUGAUGAUCAGCUCCUCCUUGUGGGGAAACAUAUCUGACAAGUACGGAAGAAAGACAGGUCUGACAAUGAGUGUGUUGUGGACCAUUUUCUACGGUCUGAUGAGUGCUUUUGCACCCAUCUAUGGCUGGAUCCUCGUCCUACGGGCCCUGGUGGGCUUUGGCAUCGGUGGAGCUCCGCAGUCGGUGACAUUGUAUGCGGAAUUCCUCCCCAUGAAGUCCAGAGCAACGUGUAUAUUGUUAAUUGAGAUAUUUUGGGCAGUGGGCACAGUGUUUGAAGUUCUUCUUGCCAUCCUAGUGAUGCCCUCUCUGGGCUGGCGAUGGCUGCUCGCUCUCUCUACCAUCCCCUUGUUAAUCUUUUCCGUCCUAUGUUUUUGGCUACCCGAGAGUGCUCGAUACGACGUGCUGACGGGGAAUCACGAUAAGGCUCUGGCUACUUUAAAGCGGAUCGCCAUGGAGAAUGGAGUGCCCAUGCCUUUGGGAAAACUUAUUGCUGCAAAACAAGAGGAGCGUGGGAAGAUCCGAGACUUGUUCUCAUCGCACAUUCGCUGGACUACAGUCCUGCUGUGGUUCAUUUGGUUCGCAAACGCCUUCUCGUACUACGGCCUGGUGUUGCUCACCACCGAGCUCUUUCAGGAGGGAGGUGCAUGUGGAGUGUCCAAAGGUAAUAAGAUGGAGCUGCGGUGCAGCUUGGAGUGCAAAUAUCUGAACAGUGACGACUACAAAGACCUGUUAUGGACAACCUUAUCGGAAUUCCCAGGAUUAUUGGUGACUUUGUGGGCGAUCGAUCGCUUAGGAAGAAGGAAGACCAUGGCCCUGUGUUUCCUGGUCUUUUCUCUAUGCAUCAUUCCUCUCUAUGGUUGUGUGGGGAGAACUUCCAUGACGGUGCUGAUAUUCAUCGCCAGAGCUUUCAUCGCUGGAGGUUUCCAAGCUGCCUAUGUGUACACCCCAGAGGUGUAUCCAACUGCAACCCGGGCUUUAGGAUUGGGGACGAGCAGUGGAAUGGCCAGAGUUGGUGCCUUCAUCACACCUUUUGUUGCCCAGGUGUUGUUGGAGUCUUCAGUGUAUUUGGCGCUCUCGGUGUACUGCUGCUGCUGCCUGCUCGCCGCCAUCGCCUCCUGUGCGCUGCCGAUUGAGACGACGGGCCGAGGCCUGCAGGAGUCCAGCCACCGCCAGUGGGGGCAGGAGAUGACGGGCCGGGCCUCCUCCCACAGCUCAGGGCAAAUCCCUCACUCGAGCUCUUGCUCCCAGGACUGAGUGAUAAUGACAUUAUUGAAAUGAGGGACAAAAGGUCUCGACCCGCGUCGUCAAUCCUCGUUCUCUGCGGUUAAGGGCACUAAAGUGGCUUCAGAGACGGCACAAUUGUGUCAUGUCACAACCCCAAGUAGUCUUCAACCACCACUGCUGUCACCAUUUCACCAUUGUGUACCAACAACGGGAGGGCCGGAUGUGGGAUUGAGCCACAAACGGUGGAGGACUUUCUUGAAUAAAUGAUACUGACUGUAGCUGGAGCGUAAUGAAGAAACGUGCUUUGCGAGGCACAGAAGGAAACAGAAGUUGUACCGUAGCGUCCGGCAAAUGAGAAAGCCUUACAAAUAGCUCUAAUAUAUUAUUUACCAUCUUUGACAUGUGUGUUGUCUGCUGUGUUUUGAAAAAUGAACACAUUCUACGAUAGGGAAUUCAAGUACCGUAUUUUUGGGACCAAAAGGCGCACCGAACUAUAAGGCACAGUGUUGAUGAACGAGUCUAUUUUAGACUUAGACUUAGACUUCCUUUUUAUUGUCAUUCAAAUUUGAACUUUACAGUACAGAUAAGAACGAAAUUUCGUUGCAUUAGCUCAUGGUAGUGCAGGAUAAAAAAGCAAUAAGGUGCAUAUAUAAAUUUUCACACACAAGGCGCAUUAAAUGGGUCAUAUUAUGAUUUAUUAUCAGAACGCUUCGGAGUGCAAGUAAGGAAAGGUGGAAAAAACAUCUCAACCGCACCAGUAUCUAGUAGUGUGACCCAGGGGCACACUACUGAUGAUGCGUCCAAUUGUAAAGCACCCAUCCACCAUUCCACUCUCAAGUAUGUGCCAGCACAAAGGAAUUUUACAACGUAUCCUGUGUUUUGUAAACGUCUGACUAGGAUAGCCGUAAUGCUCUGCGUUCCAUCAUUCGGUGGGGCUUCGUAUCUUACCAAAGUCGUACUAAAACAUUUUGACAGAUUUUUAGACGCCGUGUGUAUUGUUCUCCAUUCUCAAUGAAACUUCCAAGUUUUGGUGUUGCUUGCUUACCGGUAUUUGCUAGAGUCAUUUAUUGAACAGGCCACACGUAUCUCCUAUGUGUGACUGCCAUCUACUGGUCACACUUAUCAUUACACCAUAUACCAAAUAACAUUGCUUUGAAGUCGGUAAGCACAACCUGAAUGUAUGAACACUGUUGAUUUUUGAGAAAAUGAAAGGAUUUUAAGUGCGCCUAAUAGUCCAAAAAAUACGGUAAUAAGAGAUCUAUGUGUGUGUAUAUUUUUUUUAAUAACAACAGCUAAAGCAAAAAAUUUUCCUGAUUGAAAAUAAUUACCUGAUUACUUAAAACUAGGGAUGUUCCGAUCAGGGUUUUAUGCUGCCGAUUCGUAUACCGAUCAUCCACGACUGAGAUCGACUGAUACCAAUACCGAUCACAUGUAUUAAUUGUACAUUUUUCAAUAUAUUUACGAUGACAUUGGCGAGUGCUAUUGACAGUCUAAAAAUAUCAACACAAUAUUUAAACUAGUUCCCUAUUCGCUUAUACAGUCGUCCCUCGUUUCAAAUAUUGCGGCUUCACCACAAAGCAUGUUUUUUUUUAAGCAUAUUCUACAACAUCGACCAAAAUUAAACCUUUUCAAGAAUACAAAUGACUAAAUGAACUAAAAAUGUCAAUAAUACAAUAGGAUUGGCCACUGGAUGAGACCAAACCAAUCAGAAAGUGUUGAUCAGUAUUGUGGCCACUGAUUGAUUUAGCCUCAGGCAGUGUGACUAUUUUGCAAUAAGAUAGCAUAAAGGUGACUAAAGGGUGGUAUUUCAUGUCUAGAGGGCUCUCUAAUUGUUGACAUGUUUUUAUUUAGGAGGUAGUUAACAUUUUUUAAUGCCCUAGCAAUGAAAAUAUUAUAUUUAUAAUUAAUGAUUCCUACUUUGCGGAAAUGUCAUUUAUCGUGGUCAUGUCUGGAACCAAUUAACAGCGAUAAAUGAAGGAUUACUGUAUUUUGUAUAACUGUUGUAGCAAAACAAAGUCAAUAUCACACAAUAACUAAACAACAGCAAAAACGACUUUAUGGUUACCAGCAAAUCCUUUGGUUUUUGCCCUCAAAGUCUUCCUGUGUCCGGGGAAUUAUUCCCGAAGUUCAUUAACAAAAACAACAACAACAAAAUAUUUUGAGAAAAUAAAAAUAUCAAACUUAUCAUUUUUAGUAAUACUCAUAUGCUGAUAUUACACUUGUUAUUGAUGUAAUGAUACUUGAUAAUCCUACUUAAAAUACUACAAAAUGUUUAUUUGCUGAUUAUAGUCAGCUUAAGUGAUCAGCUCCACACUGUCAGCUAGGGAACUAAAAAUAAAAAUAAAUACAUUGUCAGCCAGAGGGGAUCGGUAUUAAAAGGCAAUGAUCGGCAAUGGCGAUCACAUAAUUUU